AUGUCUGUCGUCUCGCUCUUGGGCGUCAACGUCCUGAACAACCCUGCCAAGUUCACCGACAAGUACGAGUUUGAGAUCACAUUCGAAUGCCUCGAGCAGCUUGAGAAGGAUCUCGAGUGGAAGCUCACCUACGUUGGAUCCGCCACCAGCGAUCAGUAUGACCAAGAACUCGACUCCCUCCUCGUCGGUCCUAUUCCUGUCGGAGUAAACAAAUUCAUUUUCGAGGCCGAUGCUCCCAACACUUCCCGCAUCCCCGAUGCCGAAAUCCUUGGUGUCACUGUCAUUCUCCUGACUUGUGCCUACGACGGACGAGAAUUUAUCCGCGUUGGUUACUACGUCAACAAUGAGUAUGACACCGAAGAGCUCAACGCCGAGCCCCCUGCCAAGCCUAUCAUUGAGCGCGUGAAGCGUAAUGUGCUGGCCGAGAAGCCCCGUGUGACUCGAUUCGCCAUCAAGUGGGAUUCCGAGGCUUCUGCUCCCGCCGAGUACCCUCCUGAGCAACCCGAGGCUGACCUUGUUGCCGACGGUGACCAAUACGGUGCCGAGGAGGCUGACGAAGAGGCCGAAGAGGAUGCCGAAGAGGAUGUCAAGGCUACGACCAAGGCCGCCAACGGAGAAGACUUAGAAAUGGCCGGCGUCGAGGGUGAGGGAGAGAACGCUGCUGAUGAAGACGAGCUGUCGGACGACGGCAGUGUCGACAUCGAAGGCGAAAGCGAGGAUGAGCUUGAGGAAGAGGAAGAGGGUGAAGGCGAGGCUGAGGCCGAUGGUGAUGCUAUGGAGGUGGACGGCGCUGAGAAGCCCGCAGCAUCAACAGCCAAGCCCGUCAGCGUUGCGUCCUAA